GAGUGUGGUGAAAUCCUCUUCCUAAAUAGUAAACUCUAUUCUGCGGUAAAGAUGGCGGCUGCAGAAGGGGCGCGCAGUGGCCGGAGCACGGCGAAACAACCCUGAAGGGUCCAUAUUUCGUAGAAACUCGGACGUGGGGGACUGAACAUUACUGCCUCGAGAUCCCACGGACCGUUGGUAGAGAGUUUUCAGUGACUUUUGCUUUAUUGUUUGAGACAAGGUGGGUGGGUUUCACCGAUACUAGCUAUCGAGCUAACGUUAGCGAGAUAAGCUAGCUAGCUAGGACGUCGGGUGGAGAAAAGGGUGUCGAGGAAGACUAUUCGGAACAGGCCGCUCCACAGUCGGGGGAUGUGAACCAGGAGUGUGCAGGGUUGGCUAGCUUCGUCCCGAACAUCUUUACAACGAACAGCGGGGAUGGGACAACAGGUAGGCCGCGUCGGUGAGGGGGCUUCAACAGGACUCCAACCGCCACCACCGCAACAACACCCGGGCAAGGGGAACAGGGGAAGUGCAGGGAGGAGACCCCGGGAAGUCAGCAGUACCGGAACGGCACCAGGCAGGGUUGCUGCCGUUAACGUGCCGGACCCAGCAAUUAAUAUAUUCACCCAGCAUUCAGAGGCCCUCCACCGGCCCUUCGGCCUGGACUCGGCAGCAUUGACGGAGGCGGUACGCUGGAGCUCCAAGGAGAACCUGCUGGGUGCUGCCGAGAGCGAUCCCAACCUCUUUGUUGCACUUUAUGACUUUGUUGCCAGUGGCGACAACACGCUGAGCAUCACGAAAGGUGAGAAGCUUAGGGUGCUCGGUUACAACCAGAAUGGGGAGUGGAGCGAGGUGCGCUCGAAGAACGGCCAGGGCUGGGUGCCAAGCAACUACAUUACACCCGUCAACAGCCUGGAGAAGCACAGCUGGUACCACGGGCCUGUGUCGCGCAGCGCAGCAGAGUACCUGCUCAGCAGCCUCAUCAACGGUAGCUUCCUGGUCCGGGAGAGCGAGAGCAGCCCAGGACAGCUGUCCAUCUCCCUGCGCUACGAGGGAAGAGUCUACCACUACCGCAUCAACACUGCUUCAGAUGGCAAGGUGUACGUCACGGCAGAGAGCCGCUUCAGCACCCUGGCCGAGCUGGUGCACCACCACUCCACCGUGGCCGACGGCCUGGUCACCACACUCCACUACCCGGCGCCCAAGUGCAACAAGCCCACCGUCUACGGCGUGUCGCCCAUCCACGACAAGUGGGAGAUGGAGCGCACCGACAUCACCAUGAAGCACAAACUGGGUGGGGGACAGUACGGAGAGGUGUACGUGGGAGUCUGGAAGAAAUACAACCUCACCGUCGCAGUUAAAACACUGAAGGAGGACACCAUGGAGGUGGAGGAGUUCCUGAAAGAGGCAGCAGUCAUGAAGGAGGUGAAACAUCCCAACCUGGUGCAGCUGCUAGGUGUGUGUACUUUGGAGCCUCCCUUCUACAUCGUGACAGAGUACAUGCCCCAUGGCAACCUGCUGGACUACCUGAGGGAGUGUGACCGGGAGGAGGUGAACGCAGUGGUGCUGCUCUACAUGGCCACGCAGAUCUCCUCUGCCAUGGAGUACCUGGAGAAGAAGAACUUCAUCCACCGGGACCUGGCGGCCAGGAACUGUCUGGUGGGGGAGAACAGCGUGGUGAAGGUGGCUGACUUUGGGCUGAGCAGGCUGAUGACUGGGGACACGUACACAGCACACGCCGGAGCCAAGUUCCCCAUCAAGUGGACCGCCCCGGAAAGCCUGGCCUACAACACCUUCUCUAUCAAGUCUGAUGUGUGGGCUUUCGGUGUGCUGCUGUGGGAGAUAGCGACGUACGGUAUGUCUCCGUACCCAGGGAUCGACCUGUCUCAGGUAUACGACCUGCUGGAGAAGGGCUACCGCAUGGAGCAGCCAGAGGGCUGUCCACCUAAAGUCCACGAGCUGAUGAGGGCUUGCUGGCAAUGGAGCCCGUUGGACCGACCUUCGUUUGCCGAGACCCACCAGGCCUUUGAGACAAUGUUCCACGAUUCCAGCAUCUCCGAAGAGGUAGCAGAGGAGCUGUGUAAGACUGCCGCCUCUGGCCAUGCCCCGUCACCACACCCCUUCAGCCACGACAUGCCACUGCUGCCCUCGAAGUCGCGCACUCUCAAGAUACACGCGGAGAACAAGGAGAACAUCGAGGGGGGUUUGGAUGGCAGGCAGGAGCCCAGCACACACGGCCCAUCAGGUCUGGCAGCCACUCUGUUGGCAGGGGAUGGCCGGGCGGGCAGCUCUCCUGCUCUGCCUCGGAAACAGAGGGACAAAUCCCCCAGCAGCCUCUUGGAGGACUCCCAGGAGACCAUGUUCACACGGGACCGCAAGGCUGGCUUCUUCAGCUCCUUCAUGAAGAAGAAGUCUCCAUCCCAGCUGCAGCAGAGCCUGCCCAUGCCGCCCAAGAGGAGCAGCUCGUUCCGAGAGAUGGAGACCCAGCCUCACAAGAAGUACGAGCCCACGGCUGGCUUCAGCGCCCCUCCUCCCCUUCCCCAGGCGGACGGCCUGGGCUUCUCACCGUCCCAUGGAGAGGGGAACCACGUCCAGUCACGCUGCUGUGGGGCCACUUUUGGACAAAAGUCCUUUGCCAACCACACCUCUGGAGCCCCGCCCUUGCAGGUGGGCAGUAGUAGUAGCAGCAGCUGGGCAGGCCUGGCAGGUUUCUUCACCCCUCGCCUCAUCAAAAAGACCUUAGGGCUACGGACUGGCAAGUCCACUGGGACUGAAGAGGGGGGUGGGGGGACCAAACCAUUCCCCAGAUCCAACUCCACCUCCUCCAUGACUGCAGGGCUGCCUGACCUGGAGAGGAUGGCUCUGACUUUACCCAGAAACCGCAGUAAACCUCCUCUAGAGCGCACUGCCUCCACCACCUCGCAGCCUGAGAACGGGGCAGCACACACCUCUGAGACCCUUCUUCGUAAGAUGGAUGAGGGCACAGCUCAGAUCAGGGACCGGCCUAAAGCCAAGCUGCUUCCCCGAGGGGUGGGGGGGUGCUCUGGGGGGGUGAGGGCACCUGGGGUUGGGAGUGAGGCCGAUUUGGAUUGUCACUCGGGGGCUCUACGGUGUAGGGAGGGUCAGGAGGCAGGAGGACAGGACCGACAGGGAUGGACGUCCCCCUCCAAAACAGUGGGAUCAGGCCUGUCGGCGGCUCCACACAACCACAAGGUUCCUGUGCUGAUCUCGCCUACACUCAAGCAUAGCCCAGCCGAUGUGCACCUGAUGGGGAUGGACUCUCAGGGGAACCGCUUCAAACUGCUAUCGGAACACCAGGCGGACCGGGACCGACCACGACUGGUCAAACCCAAAUGUGCUCCCCCUCCCCCUCCAACUCUGCGCCUCAUUGGGCACUCCUACAGCGGGGAUGGGGAGGAGCAGGUCGUAGGGGCUGUGGAGAUCAACGGUGAUGGGGUGAAAAGGCCGGGACGAGCAAGGGAAGUGGGAACCGGGAGACCAUCAGUGCCACCACCACAAGUGCCUCCACCAACUUCAGCCUCCUCUUUUUCCUCUGCCAACAACAUUAACACAACCCCCACUAAGAUGGCCAACGGUGCCACAAGCACUGCUUCUUCCACAGCCCCCUCUGGUGGCUCUAAGCCUCUGCGUCGGACUCGACAGCAGGCUGAGAGGGUUCAACCGGAGAAGAUCAGUAAGGAGGCUUUGCUGGAGUGUGCCGAGUGCCUGAGAGGUGCCCUCCACAGCAGCCCUGAGCCCUCCUCCAGCAGCCAGGUCUUAGAUGCUGGCCACCAGCUGCUAGACUACUGCUCAGGCUACGUGGACUGCAUCCCACAGAUGCGGAACAAGUUUGCCUUCCGGGAGGCCGUGGGCAAAUUAGAGCUGAGUCUGCAGGAGCUGCGGGCAUCGUCCUCCUCUGGAAUUGGAGGGGGAUUCAGUGGCCCAGGACCAAGCCCUGCUCUGGACAACUUACACAUCUGCAUCAAAGAAAUCAGUGAUGUGGUUCAGAGAUAGCCAUCGGACCCUGUCAAAACAUUUCUUUGUAUUCCCUUUUUUAUGUUUCUGGUUGUAUUAACAUUUUGGGGACAGAGAACAAUCUCAGAAGUACCUCAGAAAAUCACUAAAUUGGAUCUCUUAUUGUUUACAGUUGACUCUUUCUCAAAAAUGCCAGGGGAGAACACUGUUCUAACCUUUGUACAUAAACAUUGUUGAUACCAAACUAGAUAUGGUUCAAUUUACACCAAGUAACUGUUUUGCCCCAAGUUCAAACUUUUCCAUCUGGUUUUAAGGCCUUUCUUUUAAUCGAAUGUGGAGUAUAUCAGCUAUGUAUUCAGUCCCAGAGUGUUGGUAAAGAACAAAGUCAGUUUGCGUAUGUGUCAUAGUCAUCAUAGCCAUAAUUAUUCUCCACUUUGUUUCUUGGCUGAGUUUACUAUCUUUGGUUUAUGAUCCUGGCAACUAUGAGUUCCUGUGACAGGAAGUCACUGUUCAAAACUAUUGUCACCUGGAAAAUGGAAGAGUGUUCCACUUAAUCAGGUCUACCCUCGGCCAUUUGAUUUGGUUUGAGUAUUUCAGGAAAAUGCUCACUUAAAAGCGGAAUGGAAAAUGUAAGCAUUUUAAUAUUUAUGUCCAAAUUCCCUUGCACAUGUAUCUAAAUGUUCGGAGCUAAUGAGAAGUGAGGAAAGCGCAAGGUAACACAUGGGAAGGUGGUUUGGGGCAGUAUUUCCUGGGGGCAUUUCCCUCAGUGCCUAUAGAUUGUUAAAUGAUUGAAAAUCUGCAAACACAGCCACUCCCUGACAAAAUACUAAUCUCAAUGCAAACUGCGGUAUGUCUCCAGAAAAUGAGUGAUUUAUUUGUACAUUAUUUGGUUUUAACUUUAGAAUGUCUUUAUGUAUGAACUUGAAUUUAAAUUAAUUAUUGUUUUUUAUUAAAAGCACAGACCUAUUUUAAAAACGUUAUAUCCAGGAAAAGGUUCAAGGUCACUUUUGCUUGGAUAAGUAUUUGACUAUGAAAAGAAACAUUCGUAGGAAGUUUAUUGCAGGACUGAGGCCCCCAACCCCAUCUGAACAUCUGCAAAACGAAUGUCUUUUUUUCCUUCUUUGAUUAUGAAGGUGUACGUUCCAACAUUUGUCAGAGUUUUGUGAUCUUAUUCCUUUGAAAAGAUGAGGUGUUUAAUCUGUCAAACUUCUCUGGUCAUUUCAAUACCGACAUCGGUAUUCUGUUUUCGAUGAGCACUUUGGGGCCACAUAAAUGAGUGAAGAUGACUAAUAUCCCUUUUAGAUGCUUUUUGAUCAUCUCUACGCAAACAUUUCCAUUUCAUAUUGUUGGAAGUCAUUUCAUCCUGUUUGUUGUAUUGUGCACAAAUAGCAAGUCUCACCCGUGCCUGCAAUCCUUUCUCUAGAAUAAUUUGGCUAAUGAAUCAAGCAAUCAAAACAAAAAAAGCUUGUUUAUAACGGAGUGUCCCUCGACUGAAAAUUCCCCUAAUGCCCACUUGAGAUGUUGGAACCCUUGGUGUACACUGGAUAAAGCCUAUGAAGUAGUAGACAUUGAUUGCUAUAUUGCAUUUCGUCUUAGUAUAAACUCUAAUAGUACCGUUUAUGACACCCAAUAUUUUUCACAGUUCAUUCCAUGUCUGUUUUGGGGUACACCACCUAUUUAAUCCAGCAGAUGAGCUUCAGUGUCUCUCUGUUCAUUCAAAUGUCGUCUUGACUAAUAGGAUGUCAUGAAACUAAUUGUUUCUUUACACUGUGAGGUUCCAAAUUAAAUAAUGAGGUAUUUGUUUUUAUUUUCUUGCUACUGGAUACAGCAGUGUUUUUCCAAUUAUUCAUGGUGCCUUUUGUGAAAUAUAUUGUAUGUAUAGUGCACUACUAAGUCAAGAAAUGGAUAUACAGCGAUGUGUAAUUGUAAAUAUCUUGUGCUUUGGUUAUCAGAUGACACAUUUCGCCAUGAGAUUGUAGCCAAGUAUAAAUAUAACUACAACAUACAUUUAUAUUACUGGGAGUAAAUUUAAGACUCAAACUUGAAAAUAAAAUGUGCAAUUUGUCUCCUAUAUUAUAAUAGAUGGACUGAUGGUCAAAUACAGCUUGUUCUUGGUCUGAUAGUGGUCCAUACUUGUGAUCCCACAUAAUUCUGUCUCUGACAGUUGCACAAUAAGUGUUUUAUUUCCAACAAACUACACAAACACGAGUCUCUCUGGUGCACUUCCCCAAAGCUGCUCUGUAGUAUUAAGGAUCUGAACUAUUAAACUCUCUGCAUCCUCCACUUGCUGUCUGUGAAAUUCUUAAUGACUGAUUACCAAUUUGGCCUUCCAUUAUUUUGCCUGUCACCCUUGCUUAUUUAUGCUUCGAUCGUCUUUGUUCUGCUUUAUUGCCAAACUGCACUAGUGAGACGAGUAUCCCAUAGACUUGUGAUUGUCUCUAAUUUAAUGUUGGAGCAAGAGUGUAAUGAACAAGGCUUGUCACGCUAGGAGAAUUAGUUUGCAAUGAUUGCAAUUUUGCAAAAAAUGUAUUUCAUUUUGGUUGAAGUGCUCUUCAAAUCAUUUCUGCCCAGUUUGUCUUUAUGAUUAAGCUGUAUGUCCUUUAUUUGUUGUUGCUGUAUUUAUUUUGUAAAUAAUGUUUUGGAUCCUGCAACUUUUCUGUUUGAUCUGGACAGUGCUGAAGAAAUUGUAUGUGCACAUCAUAUACCAAAGGCCACUUCCUCUUCAGUUCUAUGAGUGCAAUGAGAAUGGAAUACACUUCAUUUUGAAAAUGUGAUUUAACAGGGAUAAAAAUGGCAGAGGUUAAUAUUAACUUUUUGUUUUUAAUUUAAAGCUCACAUAGUAUAUAACUGUGAAGUUCUCCCUAGCAGUGUUAAAUUUGAUGUAAAUAAUAAAAUGUUGAACAUUU